UUUCUGACUCACACAAACACAUGAGACGCUCAUAUAGGAGGAUCCCAGCAGAGGAGCAGGCAGUGAACGGCGGAGUGCGCACCGGACCAGCUCGUUAACUUGUCCACGUCCUAUAGCCUAUCACCCCUAAUUCUCGAGCAGCUUCAGCAGUAACGACUCGGCCAGACUACCGGUUACGAAGAGACUCCUUCAGACUCAGACUGGUCGUCAUCGUCUGUUUUACUCCGGAGACUGCGGAUUUUAUCCUUGAUACUGAGAGUGCGCACGUCUCCCCGAGAUAAACAAAGUCUACGGAUAUUAAGUCUUCUUUUAUUCAUCCAAAUAGCUGGGAAAUAAAAUCCGCAAUCUCCGUUUCGGCCCGGCUGUCUCCUGGUCGUCCUCUCUGGUUUAACUGCACCGGUCAGACUUGGAAAGAGCAACAGCCUCUACCGGCAUCAGUAAGGAAGAAAAGCCCUACAUCAAGCUGCAACCAUGGAUGAGAUGGACCUGCCCCAGAUGAAGAAGGAGGUGGAGAGCCUCAAGUACCAACUGGCCUUCAAACGAGAAAAGUCCUCCAAAACAGUGACUGACUUGGUGAAGUGGAUAGAGGAUGGCGUCCCAGAGGAUCCCUUCCUGAACCCAGAGCUGAUGAAGAACAACCCAUGGGUGGAGAAAGGAAAGUGCAUCCUUCUCUAGAAGAAACCAGCAACCCCGCCAUGACCCUUCAUCUUCAACCACCCUGACCAACACACAACCAGGCCUACAGAUCGUCCCUGAACCCGACCCUGAUGGCCCACGGCCAGACAGCGCAUCCUAACCUCUCACACUGAAUGUACAACAAAUGAUUACCCAAAACGUCCUGAACACACCCCCCCCCAACAAUGGCACAGAAACACACACACUGACGAAGAAACACACUCACACAACUUCAUGCAAAACUUUGGGAUCUUCCCUGACUGCCACACGUUCACUGCAAGUUUAUACCUGCCACGGUGAUGCAUCAUUACUAUGAUAUGUGAUGACGAUGAUCAAUACUCUUAUUACCUUUCUCUAUAUGGAUAUACAGUAUGAUGACUUAUUUAUGCAGCUGCUAGUCACAAGCUUACUUUCCUCUUUAUCAAUAUCUCCAUAAACGUUUUUUUUCCACCCACCCGCUAAGAAGUUGUCAUAAACUGUAGAGUCACAUUCUUCCAGGCAGCAGACUGACUGUAGAUCUGCAGCAGGGAAUUCUUCAAAGCGACAUGCAUAAGUUCACUUCCAAAUUGAAUGCAACUUCUAUAUGUACUGCCCUGCCCCAUACAUAAUAUCACCUUUGUCACGUACGAAAUUGAAUUUUAAUUGUACAUUUUAACAAGCUGUUAUGGUGCAUAUAUGAAUAAUGAAAAACAGGGAGUUAUUCAAGACAUCAUGGCAAUGUUACACAGCAAAGUUUUCUUCAGAUGAAAAGAUAAAUGCAGAGGACUUGCUAAAUAGAAAUAGGUUUAAGGGUUAUCUAGAGUGUAACUAACUUUAAACUACCGUAACUAGUUGGUAAAACCGAGUGUUGUACCUGAACAUGUUGGAAGACUUAGGUGUUUUUAGCUGUUUCUGACUUUAACAUUCAUGAUGAAUGCUGCGUUAAAUGUCUGCUUGCAUAGAGACUGAAAGUACAUGCAUGAUCUAGGAGGGAAACCAAUUCUCCACAACAGCAAAAUUAGACUUUUUAGUUCCCAGCAAUCCCCUUUGUGUGACUCAUUGUGACCGUUUUUUUUAUACAUAGUUUUGAUUUCACACAUCCGGCAUAGCAUGGUUAUCACUUUUUGAAUAUGAGAUCUGCAACCAGUGUUGUUUUGCUUCAGUGUCUUUUGGUCUGAAAGUGUCAUAGCAGCUCUGUUUGUGUGUUGUCAGUGCAGAAUGAAGCUACGCGUCUCUGGGGGGGAUGACUAUACUGCUCACUCUCUUUCUUAGCUACAACCCCUGAGGACAACACACAAAACCCAUCCGCUCAGUAUGCAAACAACCCAUGCAAGCACACUAUCACUCUCCACAAUAGCUCUCCACACAUGUACAGACAAACCCCUUUAACUUAUUAACUUAUUGAUCAAUACUUAGUUUAUUUAUUUAUUUAUUUAUUGAUGACAACCUUCCUUCACCUUAGCUUUACUUACUACAUCUGCAUUCCUCUUCCUCAUAUCCCCACCUCAAAAGGAAAAAAAACAGAAAAUGACCAAAAAUCGAUUACAUCUUGUCAGAUCAUCAUCUACGACUGCCUUGUACACAGUUUCCUUAAACAGAGAAUGUAAAUAUAUGGCAUGACUAUGCUAACCUCAGAACUGGUUUGUGUGUGCAUGCAUGCAACUGUGUGUUUUUUAUGUGUGCAUAUUUUUUUAAGUGCAGAAAUUUGGACAUCACGCUCCCAUGCAGAUCAUGAAGCAUAUACAUGCACACACAAGUAGCUGUGUCACACACACAGGCAGGUCUGAGGCCGAGCAGAUGGACAAAACACACACACCCUUAUUAGUAGGAAUGUGUAUGAGGAGGGGAGUGGCAAGGAUGUGGGAUUCUCUAAAUGACUUGGGACAGGGGAACCUCACAUCAUCUCAGUACUGUAAUGAGUCUCAUUAUAUAAUUAUUUUUUUCAAAAUGACUAAUUUCCCUAAAGGCUAAUCGGUGCUUGAAUGAUUUAAGUUCUACAUUGUGUAACUGAAAGUGUUUUUCUAUUCUGUAAACUCAAUUAUAACAUUAAGACAGACUUUUACAAGCUAAUACAUUGUUUUUAUUAUCAGACAUGGUUGCAGCCAUCCAAGAGCUGCAUUUGUUACUUCUUGUAAAACAUGUCUGAAGAGCAAAGAUUCCAUCCAAUCACACUGACAUAGUUCAUACUUAAUUUAAAAAAAUGCAGUUAUAAAACUGUACCGGCUGUGUGGCCAAUAAACUUAGGAUGUCAAGCAUACUGUAUAUGCAAGAUGACAACUCCAAAUAGAGUCAUUUUAGAAGUCCCAUUGUUCUUUGAGAAGCAUUGUGAGACAUAAUGUCUUUGAUUUUUGACAUUAUGGUCUAUUUUAAAUUAAAAGUUUAGGUUUCGACAUGAUUGAAUGAUGCAGAAGCUUGUUUUAAAAAUACAGCGUUGUAAUUUUAACAUAAAUGCAUGUAUGGGGACUUUUAAAAUGGCUUCAAUGGUACAAAGAACUGUUUUGUUUUAGAUUUUAGAUUUUAUGAUUCAAAGGUUUAAACUUUUUUUAAGCUCUUAAAAACUAAUGAAAAACAGUAUGCAUGCUGUCAGCUGUAGUCUCACAUGGUCCUGAGUGAGGGCAACUGUACAUGAGAGGAUUCCUGAGUCCGCCUGUCCCUUGUCUGUUUUCUGUUCAGCAACUUUACUCACUUGUUUGUUUUGUUUUUAUAUAAUCUGAACGUGCGUAUGUAUGGAUGUAUGUAUGCCAUUACUAUUAUAACGACAGCUUCAAAUCUUGUCUAAAUAUCUAGCAACAUAUUACUUGUGAGAGUGAUUUGGAAAAAAAAAUAUUAUGCAUCUGAUCAAGUCUUAGUGUAAAGAUGACAAUGAGCAAUAAAUGAAACAUCAUUUUGUAUUGAAUGUUUUACAAAAACAUUUAUCUGAUUGAAUAAAGUAGAAGAUUUUUAGACA